AUGGCCGCGUCUGAGACAACUCCUCUCCUCGAACAGCAAGAUUCGCAGGAAGAUCCGGGCACCUACUUUACGGAUGAAGAUAACACCGAGUCCACCGCUGUGCACCGUGGCACGUUUGCUCGAAACCUUGGCGCCCUAGACGGAUUUGCGCUCCUUAUCAGCAUCGUGAUCGGCUCGGGCGUUUUCUCAUCACCUGGACCUAUCGACGCAAAUGUUCCAUCACCGGGGGCGGGCCUUUUGAUUUGGCUACUGGGAGGUAUUCUAGCAUGGACUGGCGCUUUGACUAUGGCGGAACUAGGAACCGCGUUUCCUGGAGAAGGGGGCAUUCAACCGUAUUUGAGCUACAUUUAUGGUGAUGUAUGGGGCUACAUGGCGGCGUGGUCAUGGAUUGUGGCGACGAUGCCAGCAACACUCGCUAUCUUAAGCAUAGUAUUCGUCGAGUCUAUCUACUCGAGCAUGGGCAUCAAUGAGCCAUCACCGCCAUUGACACACAAGCUGUUGAGCGUACUCGUGCUUAUUUGUGUCACGACGCUCAACUCGAUCAGUACCAAGACGAGUACCAGGCUAUCUAGCUUCUUCGUUGCUAUCAAGCUUCUCACCAUCCUGUUGCUCAUCGUAGCUGGUCUGGUCGUUGUAUUCGUGUAUGUUGGAAAGAGUAAAGACUACGGUGGAGGAGAUUGGCAUAGCAAAGGCUGGUUUGCGCCCAGAGACACAGUUUUACCCGAUGGUACGCACUUUGAUUGGACGGAAUUGAGCACUUGGGAGUCGCUUGGGUUCUAUUCUACGGCGCUGUACGGUGCGCUCUGGGCUUAUUCUGGCUGGGACAAGCUUCCGCUAUCUAUCAACACGGCCAUCCCGACAAUCAUUCUAUGUUAUGUUGCGGCUAACGCGGUCUACUAUGUACUGCUACCCUGGGAAGUUGUUUCCACAACAGAUGCCGCCGCCGUGACUGCCGUGACACACUUCUUGGGCAAGGGUGUUGCCUACUUCGCCACUGCGCUCAUUUGCCUCGUCAUUGCGGGUUCAGCAUUGGGUAACAGCUUUGUUGCAGGCCGCAUGACGGUCGCUGCGGCCAACAAUCAGUGGAUUCCGCAAUUUCUCGGUACUGUUGGACAAAUUGGCACCUUCAAGUUGACGAAAGCGAGUGAGCAAUCUGAGUCGGCUGAAGAUGCGAUGGAUCAAGGAGAAUCGCCAAUCAAUGCGCUCAUCCUCAAUACCGUAUUGUCUACGAUAUACAUUCUACUCGGCAACAUGCGCAUACUCCUCACAUUGAAUGGUCUCGCUGAGUACGCAUUCUUCUUUCUGACAGUUCUCGGCGCAAUCAUCCUGCGCUUCCGCGAACCGAGCCUGCCACGGCCAGUCAAACCUUUUAUUGCGAUACCCGCUCUCUUCGCUAUAAUCAGUGGCUUUGUGGUUGUCAGAGGUGCCGUCUUUGCGCCAAUCCAAGCAGCAGUACUCGUGGGUAUAUGGGUGAUAGGUGUGGUCUUCUAUUACGUGAGGCUCUUCAUCUCGAGCAGAAAGCGAGGUGAGCAAUGA